UGAGACACUCACGAUGAGAUCAUUCGUCCGAGUGGUAGCGGACGUCGUUUCCACUGUGGUGAACGGUUCUUGUGAGCUCUUGCCCUUCUUUAACAAGUCACCACCUCUCAUUCCUUCACCGUCCAUUUCCUGAUGACUCGUCUCGCCCUCACCUGACUUCUGUCGUGGCACCUGCCCAAGGCAAGUCGUCGAUAUUCUUGAACGGCCGCAUAUCAAAAAGGCUUUGAGCAUAUCUUCCUGACAUCAACCCUCAGCCUCGCUCGUUAUUUUCCUAGCCUUUGCCCAUCGUUCCUAUCCCCUCUGAUGGGAUGGAUCAGAAUGGCUUUCCCCUCGUUUCAUCCUUAUAUACACGGCAGGAACUUCCUUCACAUGUCUCUUAUGCUGCCUGGCACAUUGUCCUUUCCUUUUUCACAUCUUGUAUAGGAUGUAUCACAACCUUGGAGCUGCUACAGCGGCGCACCUCGAUCCAAGGAAUCUAUAAUUGGUAUCUUCUGUGUGCCGCUGCCAUCACCAUGGGAGGCUUUGGAAUCUGGGCAAUGCACUUCGUCGGCAAUAGAGCUGUUGUCUUGGAGUACGGUGUGCCCGAACGUCAGAUCCUGUACAAUCCCGGAUAUACCGCUCUGUCCUUCUUCAUGCCAAUUCUGGUUCUCAUCCUUGCUUUCUACACCCUUGGUGUCACAAAAAGAGCCCGCCAGCUUCACGUCGCCAUUGCUGCAUGUUUGACCGGCGCGGCCGUCUGUGGCAUGCACUACCUGGGUCAGUUGGGCAUUGAAAACUAUCACUGCUCCUACAAGGUCGGCAAUGUCGUGGGAGCAGCUAUCAUCUCCGUCUUUGCCAGCUUCGUCGCUCUAAGCGUCUUCUUCCGCCUGCGAGAAAAAUGGACCGACACUUGGUGGAAAAGGGGUUCGUGUGGUGUGGCAUUAGCCUUGGCUGUGUCGGGCAUGCAUUGGACUGCUGCAAUCGGGACCGAAUAUCGAUGGAAGGGAAACCUGACUGUCCAUGGAAGUUCGAGAAACAUCACCUCCAUCAUUGCGUCCACUCUGUCGAUUGCCUCAUGCCUCGUGCUGCUGGUAAUAGCCUUCAUCAGAGGUCGCAACCUGAUGGCCGCAAAGCACAAAGCGCAGAGGCUCGUUCUGGCUUGUGCCUACUUUGAUGCUGAAGGUCGAAUCAUGGUUACCCAAGAAGGUGUGCUACCAAGCCAAAAGAUAACAAACCAUUAUGUCGAAAGGAAAUUCGGCGACGACGAUCUCGGUAGAUCACACAGUACAUUCGUCUGGAUCUACCGAGCAUCCAGACAUUGGAGCACAAUCCGAGAAUACAUCCCAGGAAUGGCCGACUAUCUGGAGAAGGACCCUAUCGCACGCCAGUAUCGACCAAGUCAGACGCAUCCAAACAUUUCAGACAACCUCACCGAGAAUUCCAUGAAUUUUGCUCCCAUUUUCAAACAGCUGUUCUGCGUCGCUGCUCAGCAGCUGGCAACGUUGAUUCACGAACCACUCGAGCGGGUAGGAGUGCUCUUCGAAGAGCCACUGGAGACAGGAGCAACGCCUAUUUCUGGGACUCAAGGUAAAGGCAACAAAACUCCCGUCAGUGACACCUUUGAGUAUGGUUCCGAUGCCGAGGGCGGUGCAAGAUCCAUGACUGUUGCGAAAGGCAAGUAUCUGUUCCUCAAUCGCCGUCUCACCGAGGCUGAGACAGCUAAAUUCGCUGCGCUUGGCUAUCGAUUUGGUUCCGUGAGCCAAGUAUCGGAAACCUUGGCCAAAAACAUGCAAACAAGCCGUGAAAGGUUGGUGAAACGCUUUGAAAGGAUGGAUCUGGGCACCACCGAAAAGUCGCUUCCACCUCCGGGCGUUCAUCUCGCGUGUUUCAUGCUCCGACCCAGCGUCUACAAGAGCUUCGACGUGUUGGUCGAGAAAGGCUGUCAGAGUCAACUCCCCUAUACAACGAUCCAGUCACACCAGUUUUCAAACCAGCAAAUGUACCAGUUGCGAUAUUACGACGAAAUGGCAGUGAGCGAUGUCAUGACGGCCCUGGCCAAUCGAGCCAGUGGAGGACAGUUGCAAGACGACGUGCGUUGGAGCCUUUACAAUGCUUUCGUCAAGCUUGUGGACAUGAUUGGCGAUCCUUCGACCAUGAUGGGAGCCAAGUUUUCUGUCAAAGAAUUCCGCGUCCGCUGUCGACGAAGCUUACAAACUGAAAUGACUUCUUGCACACUCCUCACCGUGAGAGUAUUGAGGGACAUCCAUGCCACUUCAGCGACAAAAGACUUGACCUAUGUGCCAUUAUCCUUUUUCAGUGCUCAACAGCAUGAGUUGGAUAUUGGACACACUGAUGAAGACUUUGCUGAGGUGAUGAUGGAUGAAUUCGGCCAUCUGGCUCGGGGAGGGAUACGCAAGCGCACAAUCUCAAGUAGCAUUCACAACUUUCGAAGGUCAAAUUCGACGGCGUCGACAGUCUAUGACAACGAGUCAUCCCGGUCGGCGUUGUUCAAGAAUCACUUGGGUGUUUUGAAGUCUCCACGUCGGCGGAGUGACGAAGCAACUAUGGUGGAUCAUGAGAAGAACGGUAUUGACGUGGAGCUGACCACCACACCGACUAGUGAGAGUAGUGGAGGAUAUGACGGACGCUCAGGGGUCUUACAGACCGGGCUGUUGGACAUUGAACCAACAGGUCAAGACAGGUCAACAUGGGUGACAGAGGCAUUUGGACUUUUUGGCCUUCGACCGGAAGGGUGGUCAUCGAUCAAGAUGGGGGGAUGGAAAUGGGAUAUUACUGUGGAGAACUCGUAUGAGGUCGGCGCUGAGGGCAAAACGGGUGGGGCACGUGUAUAACGACCAAAGGACCAAGACGAUACACAGGACAAGAUGUAUGACCAAUGACAGACCCAAAGCUUGUACAGUAUGGUGGUGUACAGUACAAUACCAAUUUCUCCAUCUAUAUCUAUAUCUAUACGCGAGGA